AUGGCAUGGGGAAUGGAUGUGAUUGGACCGAUAGAACAAAAAGCAUCGAAUGGUCAGAGGUUCAUCUUUGUAGCUAUUGAUUAUUUUACAAAGUGGGUGGAAGCAGUAACUUUCAAGUUAGUGACGAAGAAGGUCAUGGUGGAUUUCAUCCAUUUCAACCUCAUCUUUCGGUUUGUCCGUACGUCAGUGGGCGCUACCCCAUAUUCACUGGUAUACGGGACUGAGGCAGUUAUACCUGCAGAGAUUGAAAUCCCAUCUUUACGAAUGGUUGUGGAGGCUGAAAUUCAUGAUGAUGAGUGGAUCAAAACUCGGUUAGAGCAAUUAAGUUUGAUUGAUGAGAAGCGUCUUACAUCAGUAUGUCAUGGACAAUUAUAUCAGAAAAGAAUGCCACGAGCAUAUAACAAUAAGGUGCGUCCCGGACAUUUUGAAGAGGGUCAAUUAGUGUUGAGACGCAUUUGUCCACAUCAUGCUGAAACCAAAAGCAAAUUUUCUCCAAAUUGGAGAGGAUCAUUUGUUGUUAAAAGGGUAUUACCCAAUGGUGCUCUUUACUUAGAAGAUAUAGAAGGCAAAGUGACAAAAACGGUCAUCAAUACUGAUGCUGUGAAAAGAUAUCACAUAUGA